AUGAGGGCGAUCAAGGAGAGGUUAUGCGGGCAUGGGCGUGGUACAGCCGCUGCGGCAGGGGCGGAGACGGGGGGUAGAAUACUGCAGAACGGUUCUAUCGCUGUUUUCAUAGGUGCUCCGGUUCCACCACACUACGUGGCAGCAAAGACAGCUAUCGACUCCGAGGGCUUCACCAAGUCGCUCGUUGCAAGACUGGAUCCGGAGUGGGAUAUCAAGGUGGAGUCGCUCUGCAACGUCCUUAUAAUAUAG